AUGUCUGACUUUCCCGUCCGUCUCCGCAUCAGUUUCCCGGUUGUCCGUGGAUAUGCUUACGAGCGCACAGAGAUCGCACUCGCCUUCCGCGAGCGGGGGAUGGUCGACCAGCUCAUGGCCGCCGUCGCGGCAAGGACCGAACAGGCCUUUUACGAAGCACCAAAGAAGCCCACCAAAACGAUGACCAUUGAGCGGAAGCGAAAUGGGGAAACAGAGGCGCAGCACGUCGGUCGGAACAGACAGGAGACGCUGGAGAUCCUGGAAGGGUUGCGCAUCGCGGAGCGGGAUUUCGAAUUCGGCAAUCUGCUCGACAUGUAUGUCCCCGGCUUCCUGUAUCUGAUGCAGAGAGACUACUACACGGAAGACGUCUGCGACGAGCUCGGGAUGCAGCCCGCGCGGCACUUUCCCGACAUGCCCAGGAAAAAGGGCCAGUGCGAGCGCAGCUUUGAGCUGCGGCACCUGUUUGACGUGAUCGUGUCGCGGCUGCCCUUCCGCGAGGCCAUGGAGUUCCCGGACUACGACCCCGGCAUGAAGCCCAUGCUGCUGUCGCUGGGUCGGGCGGACGAGACGGGGGCGAGGAGGAUCACCCACAAGUACCCGAUGGAGAUGCGGACGGUCGUCGAGGUGCAGGCCAUGUUCAUGGACUGGUCGGUGCGAGACGAGGAGAGGACGUUGCUGUGGAUAGGGUAUGACGGCGACGGGUCGCUGCCGCGCUCUCUUCGUUUGGGAUCGGCGCUGGAAGUCGAGUGGGGAUCUGACAUGUUUUGA